AGGGAAGGAUGACGGACACGGGAACAACGUCUCUCGGAUAUUUUUGUGGGCGUUUGGAAUAUUGCCUUUUAUUUUGUUUAAGCAUUAACCCUUUUUAAAUGAGCUCUGAGAUAACGGACGAACGCUUUAUUUGACCUUCUUUUGGAUACAUCCAGGAAAACAAUGGCGCAGCAAGUACUGUUCCUCGUCUCGGUCAUCUCCGUUUGUUCGGUGCUCGGGCAGAUCAGCUACACCAUUCCUGAGGAAAUGGCGAAAGGAUCUUUAGUGGGAAAUAUAGCACGGGAUUUAGGUUUAGAUGUCAAACGACUCGCAUCAGGUAAAGCUCGUGUUUAUUCCGGUGAUAGCACAGUUUACAUCGAACUAAAUAAAGAACGGGGAGUCCUCCUUAUCAAAGACAAAAUAGACAGAGAGGCGCUGUGCAGACAGACGACGCCUUGUUCUUUACAUUUCCAAAUAAUACUAGAAGACCCAAUGGAAUUUUACUCCGUAUCUAUCGAGAUCACAGACAUUAACGAUAAUGCCCCAACCUUUGAGAAAGCCGAAAUGAAAUUCAAAAUUAGUGAAUCUGCAGGGGUUGGAUCAAAAUUCUUUUUAGAAAGAGCUAUGGAUUUAGACGUUGGCAACAACGAUCUGCAGAAUUACAUCCUAAAGCCUUCGGAUAACUUUGCUCUAAAAAUGCAUAACCAAGCAGAUGGAUCGAAAAAUGUCGAGAUGGUUUUGCAGAAAGCUCUCGAUAGGGAAACACAGGAGCAUAUGUCUCUCGUUUUAACGGCUGUGGACGGUGGACAGCCACAAAUGUCCGGAACAAUGCAGAUUCUCAUCACUGUGCUAGAUGUAAAUGAUAAUGCUCCUGUCUUUACGCAGUCGAUAUAUAAAGCUACCGUGAUUGAGAAUUCUCCAAAAGGCACCGUAGUGACCACAGUCAGUGCUUCUGAUGCAGAUCAUGGUUUAAAUGGAAAGGUAAUAUAUUCAAUCACGAACACAAUGGAUGAUGUAAGACGUGUGUUUGAAGUGAAUGAAGAAAGUGGCGAGGUUAGUUUGGUGGGAAAUAUUGACUUUGAGAUUGCACAAACCUUUCAAGUUAAUUUACUUGCAAGUGAUGAGGGGGGACUAACUGACACUUGUAAAUUAAUAGUUGAUUUAACUGAUAUGAAUGACAAUACACCAGUUAUUAAUAUAAUGUCUAAAUCCAACAUUAUAUCAGAAAAUGCCAAAUCUAACACUGUUGUGACAAUGAUUAACAUUCAGGAUCAAGAUUCGGGUGACAAUGGAAAGGUCAAAUGUGCCAUUAAUCAAAACAUGCCAUUCAUUUUGAAGGCAACAUCAAAUAAUUUCUUCAGUUUAGUAACUGACAAUGAUUUAGACCGAGAGAGAGAAUCUGCGUAUAAUAUCAGUGUGACGUGUUCUGAUCAGGGAGUACCUUCCCUCACCAGCAGCGUUACUGUCAAUCUACAGAUCUCAGAUGUAAACGAUAACGUCCCUGCUUUUGAAAAACCUUCUUAUGAGGCAUAUCUUAUAGAGAACAAUACACCAGGUAUCUCUAUAUUCAUGGUAAAAGCUAGAGAUGCUGACUGGAACCAGAACGCACACGUGUCUUACAUACUGGAGGAUUCCUCUUUAAACGGCGUGCCCGUCUCCUCUUAUGUGUCUGUUAGUGCAGACAGUGGAGUUAUACAUGCAGUCCGCUCUUUUGACUACGAGCAGAUUAAAGACUUUCAGUUCCGUGUUAAAGCUCAAGAUGGAGGCUCUCCUCCCCUCAGUAGUAAUGUGAGUGUGAAAAUACUGAUCCAGGACCAGAACGACAACGCCCCUCAGGUUCUGUAUCCAGUCCAGACUGGUGGUUCUCUGUUGGCUGAAAUGGUGCCUCGUUCAGCAGAUGUGGGCUACUUGGUCACUAAAGUGGUGGCUGUUGAUGUGGACUCUGGACAGAAUGCCUGGCUCUCCUAUAAACUACAGAAAGCCACAGACAGGGCGCUGUUUGAAGUGGGCUUACAGAAUGGAGAAAUAAGAACUAUCCGCCAAGUCACUGAUAAAGAUGCUGUGAAACAAAGACUGACUGUUAUAGUGGAGGACAACGGACAGCCCUCUCGUUCAGCUACAGUCAUUGUUAACGUGGCGGUGGCGGACAGCUUCCCUGAAGUGCUCUCGGAGUUCACUGACUUUACACACGACAAGGAGUACAAUGACAACCUGACUUUUUACUUGGUCUUGGCUUUGGCUGUGGUUUCCUUUCUCUUCAUCACGUGUUUAGUGGUGAUCAUAUCAGUGAAAAUCUACAGAUGGAGACAGUCUCGUAUCCUGUAUCAUUCCAGUCUCCCGGUGAUUCCAUAUUAUCCACCACGGUACUCAGACACUUUGGGGACAGGGACUCUCCAGCACGUGUACAAUUACGAGGUGUGCAGGACCACUGACUCCAGAAAGAGUGACUGUAAGUUCGGCAACGCUGGUAGUCAGAACGUUCUGAUAAUGGACCCCAGUUCUACAGGGACCAUGCAGCGAAUACAGAGUGAAAAGAGCAUCUUGGAUGAACCAGACUCUCCACUUGAGGUUAGAAAUUAACCAAUUAUCAUCUAAUUCUUCCCCUGAUCAUAAUCUGUUAAAUUAAUAAUUAUGUUAACAAUAAUGUUUUCUGAAAAAUGGCUCUAACUAACCCGACAGAUGUCCCGACAGUACAUUGGACACGUAUCACUUGUCAUUUGAAGAAAGAUGUUUUAAAGGGUUUGGUUGACAAAGAAACAAUUCAGCAUUACACUCAAAUAUGUGCCUUAUACUACCACUGUUUUUGUUCCCUUCUUCACUCUAAACAAAAACAUUUUAAGGUGUGUUUAACAUUUGCGUAAGUGAGUGAGAGAGAGACGUGUGUGACGCUUGUAUACAAAGUGGAUCAUGGGCUAUCCUCUUUAUUUAUAUAUUCUGGUUUCAAUAAAAAUGUGAAACAUCUUUUAA